GGUGGGACCCACAAGAUGCCUGCGGCAAAAAGAUUUCCAUUUGGACUUCCAUACAAACUAAUAGAGCAACUUACUUUGUCUUUACAGGUCACAGCCAAGACUGCCUUCUUGUUCAUCUUACCUCAGUAUAACGUCAGUGUGCCUACAGCAGAUGGUGAAAUUGUUCUUUAUCACUACGGGCUGAAGGAUUUGGUCACAAUCCUCUUCUACAUCUUCAUAGCAAUAAUUCUGCAUGCUGUGGUGCAGGAGUAUGCCUUGGACAAAAUCAACCGGAGGCUCCACCUUUCCAAGAUCAAGCACAGCAAGUUCAAUGAGUCUGGGCAGCUGGUAGCAUUUCAUAUUGCCUCCAUGGCCUGGUGCCUAUAUGUACUGGCAACGGAAGGAUACUUAUCAAACCCCAAGAGUCUGUGGGAGAACUACCCUCAUGUUCAUCUCCCGUUCCAGGUCAAGUUUUUCUACCUUUGCCAGCUGUCCUACUGGCUGCAUGCACUGCCUGAACUGUAUUUCCAAAAGGUGCGGAAGGAAGAGAUUGCUCGUCAGCUGCAAUAUAUCAGCCUCUACCUAGUGCAUAUAGCUGGAGCAUACCUCUUAAACCUCACACGCCUGGGACUCAUCCUGUUGCUGCUGCAGUACGUAGCUGAAUUCCUUUUCCAUAUGGCUCGCCUGUUCUACUUCACAGAUGAAAACAACGAGAAGCUGUUUAAUGCUUGGGCAGUGGUGUUCGUCGUUUCCCGGCUCUUCACCCUCACCCUAUCCGUGCUGGUCAUUGGCUUUGGGCUGGCUCGAGUGGAGAACCAGGCGUUUGACCCCGAGAAAGGAAACUUCAACACUUUACUUUUCAGGAUGUGCGUCCUGCUUCUGGUGUGCUUCUCACAGGCCUGGAUGAUGUGGCGCUUCAUCCACUUUCAGCUGCGGCGCUGGCGGGAGUACUGGAAUGAACAGAGCGCUAGGAAAAAAGCCGCUGCAGCUGCGGCCGCCACCCAUGGCAAGCAGCAGCUGAAGACCAUCAAAAGGGAAUCAGGCUACCAUGAAAAUGGAGUGGUGAAAGCAGAAAAUGGUACGUCGCCACGGACCAAGAAAAUUAAGUCUCCCUAGAGCCAAAGCACAGUCUUCAAGGACUCUUGGAGGAGGAAAUGGAAAAUGCGAGACUAAGGACUCUGGGAAUAAGAAGCAGCUCCUUCCCUUGUGUCUUCACCAAGCCCUGUUUCAAACGGCUUGAAUCAACGUACCACCGAAAAGCUCUUUCCCCCUCUCUCUCUGCCUCCAGACAGUUUGCAGUAACCAAAAAGCCCCUCUCCAUCCGCAGCGGGGCUUCAGAACACCAAACCCCUUCCUCAGCCAGUGUAUUUUCUUAUUGCUCAUUUUAAUCUGUCCUCCAAUGUAUUCUUGCUGCUUUUGCUACACCCAGAGAUGUUUUUGUAAGCGAUUAUUCCUUGGAAACCCAUUCCCUGACUUAGUAUCACCCACCUCACUCUCGCCGGAUCUCGUCAUGCUUUGGUUUGGAGAGGUGGCAUCUGUAGGACAUGAUUUGCUUCGUUGCCGGGACAAUAGAACAUUUGGGUAGUAUGUGGAGGUUUGACCCCUUCAGACAAUGCACUCUUGCACAGCGAGUUUGUGGGAAAUGGCUUUGGAGUGGGAAAUGGGGCAAACCUCUAAGGUCCCUUCUCUGCCUGCAUUUCCUAAUUCUGUUACAUAUCUAGUAAUCUUAGCGGAGCGUUUAGAAUGUGCCAGGCCUUCACGACAUGAUGGCGAAGUGCACAAACAUAAUUUAGUAU